AUGGAACAAAACCAAUUUCACAGUAAUAAUAACAUUAUCGAACAACCUGGUCGUAGGAGAUGUCAGUCCUUAAACUCACUGACAAGUGAAGACAAUGGCAUAGAUCUUACGAUAUAUAAACCUGAUGCCGUCCACCGAACUUACAGUGACUCCUCAGUGGAGCUGUGCAUGCACUGUGACCAUGGGCGUCUCAUGGACAGCGGCAUAUCUGAUCGCAUGAUCGACAACGAUAUGCUGGCUGUAAUGGAGCAGAAAAUAGAUCGGUUGAGCGUUGGUGGAGUAAGCCUCGAAGAAUGCAGCAAAGAUGAUGAGAGCACAGUAAACAGUCGCGCGAAGACCUUGCUGGACGCCAUCGAAGCGAGGAAGGAGAUGUCACUGGACAGCGAGAUUAGGGCCAGCCUUAUUAACUUUCUGCAGAGUGAGGAGUUGAAAGACCAGAUGGUGCGCGCCACUGCGGAGUCAGUCCGUGGUCUUAUAGGGGGCUGCUUCAGCCGAGACAUGUCCAAGCUAUACCUACCCGUACUCGAGAGAUCACACCGCCGCCUCAUCGCACAUAUUCAUAUGAUAGUGGAACAAGCGUUUAUUGAACUGGAAGACAAGUCGUCAUCUCUGUUCAAGUCAGUAUACAAGACUUCCGGAGCGCUACGCCGUGCGCUGGAGCGCCACCAAUGUCUGCUGGAAGCCACCUCAAAUCCUGGACACAACCUGAUCAACACACUGCAGUGCACCGUUGAGGAACACAAUGGUAAUACAAUAGGUGCGCGACCAGAUAACGUCAACCGUAUCAUUUACCCUCAAACAGUUAACAGACCACCACAGAUUAGGCCCAAUAGGCCGAUGUUCUGCCGGAGUUGCAGAUUACUGCAAAAAGAGCUUAAGGAUUGGCGCGUGAAAGUGACAGAGUUGUUGUCAAGCCAUUUCCAGCCGGAGCCACUUGAGACUAACCUGUCUGAUGGGUUUUCGGAGUCUGUGGAUUUCGAGCCAAUCACACCACCACAACCGGCUAGCCAAGACGUCUCUGUCGUCGAUCAGUUGAUGCAAGCAGCUCUGGUAAAUAAACUGAUCGAAGAUGGCGAUGUGAACGGUUCAUUCGAGCGAGCACUGUCUGCCGGUGACCUAUCGCUGGUGAUGGUGGCCUGCCGGGCCGUGGACCCUGGCCAGGUGUUCGCAGCUCCCUGCAGUCUGAAGCAGCAUGUCCUAAUGUCAUUGGUGCAGCAGCUAGCUACAGAUAUGUUGCAUGAAACUCAGCUCAAAUGCAGAUUCUUAGAGGAUGCAAUAAUAAACUUGGAUAUGGCUAACCAGGACACGCGAACACAUCUGCCCCUGGUGGUCGGGGAGGUUCAAAAGCAUUUGUCGAAGUUCCUGGUCGCAUACCCCAACCAUAUUGCUAGCAGAAGAAUCACGAUGAUCGUAAUGGCAGUUAACAAUUUAUUAAAAUAA